UUUCUCUCUCCAUUCGCAUUCACUGUACCAGUCCAAUUUUCCCAUCAAACAAUCAAAUCCCGAGAAGCCGAGCAGAGUCGAAACAAGGCAGUUCUGGAGGCGGAGAAAAUCAAGCUUUUGCAUAAGAAAAUGUGUCUGAUUUUUCUAUGUGAUGAAGAAGAGAGGGAGCUCGGCCGGCAACAAGCUCCCGGGUCAUGUCCGUACUGCGGAGGCAAAGUUGAAGCUCUGGAUAUCGAGAGUCAAUGGCGUUUCUGCUUCUUGCCGAUCUGUUUCAAGAUCAAGAGGAAGUAUUUCUGCACUUUAUGCUCCAGGCGUCUGGUUUUGUAUUACUAAUUAGUAAUUUCUAGAAAAAUUUGAUGGGUGAAAUCUAAUUAACCGUGGAAAGGUCUCACCGAUUUGCAGUUUUUCUUUCUGUUCUUCUUUUUUCUUUUUUGUAUUUCUCAUCUUUCUUCUUCAAUUAGCUCUCGAAUGGGAG